AAAGGCUGUGUUUCUGAGUGCUUUCCAACUCCAGGGGUGUGUGGAAGGCUCCAAUGGGCAGCAACAUCAUUUAUUCUGUAACGAAACAGAAGAAUGCGCUCAGUUGCCCUUUUCAGCAGCUACACAGCCUGUGGAGAGAGUGGGCAGUCUCUGUAUGCAGCAUCCUGGAAAAUGUGCGUUCCCUUGAAGUGAUCUGCUGAAGAGCACGUACAAGUACAGUUGCUCCAGCCUGCCUUGUUGCACUGAUUUCAAGCUCUGAAAUGCUUGAUUUCUAGUAGUCCCUGAAUAUACAUUUCUUGUGCCAACGAAACGCUACCUGCUGCAGUUACCCAAGGAGCCCCAAAGAACAGGAACACUGAAGAUGGCUGUAUGUGCUUUUUAUGAAGUUUGGGUUUUUUUACUGGAAGCAGCAAUAGCAUUUGGCCCAGUACCGAGGAUCACUUGGGAACACAAAGAGGUCCAGCUCAUACAUUUUCAUGAAUCGGAAGUGUCAAACUAUUCAACCUUGCUGUUAAAUGAAGACAAAGACGUUCUAUAUGUAGGAGCCAGAGAAGUGAUCUUUGCAUUAAACACAGUGAAUAUUGCUGAAAAGCAGCAUGAGUUACACUGGAAGGUCACAGAGGAUAAAAGGACUAAAUGUGCAGUCAAGGGCAAAUCAGAACAGACAGAGUGUCGUAAUUAUGUGCGUGUGUUGCAACAGCUGAACGAUACUUUUCUCUAUGUGUGUGGAACUAACGCAUUUCAGCCAACAUGUGAUUACCUGAAUUUAAUUUCAUUUGAACUUGGAGGUAAAAAUGAAGAUGGUAAGGGCAGAUGUCCGUUUGAUCCUGCUCAAAGCUACACAUCUGUUAUGGUUGAUGAGGAGCUUUAUUCUGGGACUUCCUACAAUUUUUUGGGAAGUGAACCUAUCAUUUCACGGCAUUCUCAUCAAAGCCCUCUCAGAACAGAGUAUGCGAUACCUUGGCUUAAUGAGCCUAAUUUUGUUUUUGCUGAUGUCAUAAGAGCAGACCAGAACAGCACAGAUGGAGAAGAUGACAAGAUAUACUUCUUUUUCACUGAGGUGCCUGUGGAGUAUGAAUUUGUUGGAAAACUGAUGAUUCCAAGAAUAGCUAGAGUGUGCAAGAGGGACCAAGGAGGAUUAAGGACCCUGCAGAAAAAAUGGACUUCCUUUCUGAAGGCCAGAUUGAUUUGUACCAACCCCGAUAAGAAUUUAGUUUUCAAUAUUAUCAAUGAUGUUUUUAUUCUCAAGUCUACAACUUUGAAGGAACCAGUGAUAUAUGGAGUCUUCACACCACAACUGAAUAAUGUGGGGCUGUCUGCAGUGUGUGCAUACAAUCUGUCUACUGUAGAAGAGGUUUUCUCGAAAGGAAAAUACAUGCAGAGUGCUACAGUAGAACAGUCUCAUACAAAGUGGGUACGAUACAAUGGUGAAAUUCCUCAUCCUCGACCUGGUGCGUGCAUAAACAAUGAAGCCAGAGCAUCAAACUACAUGAGUUCUCUGAAUUUGCCAGACAAAACAUUGCAGUUUGUUAAAGAUCAUCCCCUAAUGGAUGACUCGGUGACUCCAGUGGGAGACAGACCUCGACUAGUAAAACGAGAUGUGAAGUACACCCAGAUUGUAGUAGACAGAGUCAGAGCACUCAAUGGCUCCAUAUAUGAUGUUAUGUUCAUCAGUACAGAUCGAGGAGCCCUGCACAAAGCUAUCAGCUAUGAAAAUGGAAUGCAUAUUAUUGAAGAAACACAACUUUUCCCCAAAUUUGAGCCAGUCCAAACUCUCUUACUUUCAUCCAAAAGAGGCAGAAGAUACAUCUAUGCUGGUUCUAAUUCUGGUGUAGUUCAGUCUCCAGUUGCAUUCUGUGACAAGUACACCACUUGUGUUGACUGUGUUUUAGCAAGGGAUCCUUACUGUGCUUGGAAACCCCAUGAAGCUUCCUGCAUUGAUAUUUUUAAAGAAAAUGAAAUUGAAAGGAGCUGGAUUCAGAACAUAGGUGGAGAUGCAUCAUCUUGUUCUGAUAAAGUAAGCGAGAAUUCCCUACAGCAUACAUUCAAGCAUGGGAGCACAGCAGAGCUCAAGUGUUCUCAAAAGUCCAAUCUGGCACAGGUAGUUUGGAAGUUCAAAGAUGAUGUGCUGAGAGUGGAGAGUCCCAAGUACCGUCUGCUGGAAAAGGCACUGCUCAUCUUCAAUUUAUCAGAAGGAGACAGCGGUGUUUACCAGUGUUUGUCAGAAGAAAAAGUGAAGAAUAAGAAAUUUUCUCAAGUGCUGGCUAAGCAUGUCUUGGAACUGAAAAAGAUCCAGCAUACCACGGUGGGCCCCACCGCGGCAGCUGCACCAACAGAAGCCUCAUCUCCUAUACCUUUCCCUCCUACUGGUACCUCCUUUUUGUCCUGUGUUGGGAGUGACUCAUCUCCUUCACCCACCAGUACCCAGCCUGAUGUUUGGUCUAGCACAGACUCUGUAAAGAUCAUGUUGUUGCCACCUUUCUUAAGUGAACAGGCACAGCAUGUUAGUGCCCGGGGACCCUUUCGCCUCUUCUGCCAAGCCACAGGUCCGGAUGGCUCCUAUUUUGUCUGGAAGAAGAACAGACAGACGAUGAAAGCAUGCAUCACUGAGCAAUCUCAUAUGCUGUUUGAUGGCAGAGUGCAUGUCCUGAGCUGGGUGAAAGAUUCAAUAUCAGAAAAUACAGAAUACAAAUGUUCAUUCGUCUCAGAAGCUGGGAACGUAACAUCAGAAGUGCUCAUCACAGUGGAAGAUAAAGAUAGUGCUGGUCAGGAUGCAUGGGCCAAAGAAUUCCAUACCUGGAGAAGUGCCAUCACUGAACAUGACAAGAUGAUGCGAAGCUGGAGGAAAACAUGGGUAAGAAUUUCCAGAAAUUUCCCACGGUGCUUUCUACAUGGCACACUACAGUCCCAAUUUUAUAGAUAGUCUAUGAUGCUUCUAUGUACUUAUGUAACAGUGAUCCGUGUUCCUGUACGUGUCAGCAUUCUUUACCCUCUCAGAAGUAAAGUCUGCUUGAUUUGUGACAUCUAUUACAGUUAUGACAGCUUGCUCCUUCAGUCUACUAACCAGUCAUUUAUCCUUAUCCUUCCUGGAACAGUUAAGUCUGUGUAUAUGGAAAUACUAGCUUAAUUUCAGCACACCUGUACACUAACUGGAUUGCAGAGACUAUUGGACUUCAUAAACGGUACUGUCCAUAAACAUUGGCCUUCCUUUAAAGAACAAUAGUCCAGAGCUAGCUUUUAGUAUUUUUCACCAGCAGUUAGAACAGAUCAUAAACUGAUAACCAAAGAUUACUUCUGAUACCUUGUGUUUGCUGCAGGUGGAACAGUUAGUACAGGCAACCCUUAAACCCUAUGUUAACUUUCAAAGCAGUAUUAACACAUCAUUCUGAACUUCUUUCUUCUUCAGGAGAGCUGCAACAAGAAAAACAGCCUCUAAUGCACAAAGGAACAAACAAGCUAGGAGAAGUGUAUGCAAGUUAAGCAUAGCCAGCACUCUUUUAAUAUCACAUCUUUCAAAGACUUAUUUUGUAAUGAUGAUACUAAAAUGGCUAUUCAGGAAGAUCACCUGAAGCUUGAGGUUGGAGAGGGUAUCUUUACUGCACCAAAGAAUAACUAAGUUAUGUGCCAGAAGAGGUGCCACUCAUCCCAUGCUGGAACUAUCUUUGGUUUUCUGAUGCCAGUUAUUUCAACUUAAUGAAGAACAAAAGUGGGCACAGUAAAAGUUGUGCUGCUCAAACAAUAUAAUAUGAUGUAUGGCUUCUGUUUUGAGUUCAUUAAGCAAACCAGUUAAUUUUGGGCUUAAGGAUCUUGUCAUAUGAUUUAGAGAUUAAUAAUAAGAUGUGGAUCACCUUUAUUUAAAAGCACUUUAACUUGGCUACUUACUUUCUUUGAAUAUGUUUACCCUUACACUCUUUUCCCCGUCUUUUGAACAGCAAUCCUUUCAGGUGUCAGCAAAUUAAUUUGUUCUAACACAUUUCUUCUGGUAAUAAAGUUUCUGUACCAAAUAAAGAAGUUCUGAUUAAUGCUCAAAAUAUAGAGAUUACAGUGCACCCAAGUUAAAAAUAUUGAAUGAGUACUAAGACUAUUCCUAGUGAACAACUGCAGAAUGAAAACGUGAGGGCCUACUUAAUCCACAGUGGAACCGUUUUCCUGCACUGCUGUUUGAUGUUCUUUCUGCAUCUAAUAAAGAAAUGUCUAAGGCAU